CUCUCAGCUGCUGUGAAGCCUUUUACCAGAAAGGCUGCUGUUACAGGAAAUAACUUUCAUUCUCCCUUCCUCCUUCCUGAUAUCACAGUCUCCAGAAAAAGAGGAUCUGCGUCCAGACCAGAAUCAAAAUCAGGCAGACUGUACCCAGAGAGUCUGCACUUGGUCGCUGGGAGUCAUUGCCUUAGACCUCUCCCUGUCAUCUUCCAGAAACAAUCUGCAGUCUCCAAGGUGGAAGAUGUCCCAUUCUAGCCUGCACCCAUCCAUCCCACGGCCUAGGGGGACCAGAGCCCGGAAGGCAGCCUUCGUUCUGUUGACUGUCUGCCUGGCAGCCCUUUGGGUUCUGGGAGAGCCAUCAGAACACAUUCUCCGAUGGCUGGUGUUCCACCUGGCCUCCCUGCAGCUGGGACUGCUCUUCAAGGGGGUCUGUCAUCUGACUGAGGAGCUGUGCCACCUCCACUCCAGGUACCAGGGCAGCUACUGGAGGGCUAUGCGGGCUUGCCUGGGCUGCCCCAUUCGUUGUGGGGCUCUGCUGCUGCUGUCUUGCUAUGUCUAUGGCUCCCUCCCAAACACAGCUGGCCUGCCCUUCACCUGGAUGCUUGCCCUCCUGGGCCUCUCAGAGGCACUGAACAUCCUCCUAGAGCUCCAGGGCCUAGCCCCAGCUGAGGUCUCUGCAGUCUGUGAGAAAAGGAACUUCAACGUGGCCCACGGGCUGGCAUGGUCAUAUUACAUUGGGUACCUGCGGCUGAUCUUGCCAGGGCUCCCAGCCCGGAUACGCAUGUACAAUCUACAGCACGCCAACAUGCUCCGGGGCUUGGGGAGCCAUCGACUACACAUCCUCUUCCCUCUGGACUGUGGGGUUCCUGACGACUUGAGUGUGGCCGACCCCAACAUUCGCUUCCUAUAUGAGCUGCCGAAGCAAAGUGCUGACCGUGCUGGCAUCAAGGGCCGGGUUUACACCAACAGUGUCUAUGAGCUUCUGGAAAAUGGGCAACCGGUGGGCAUUUGUGUCCUGGAGUAUGCCACCCCCUUGCAGACCCUUUUCGCCAUGUCACAGGAUGGCCGAGCUGGCUUUAGCCGGGAGGAUCGGCUUGAGCAGGCCAAACUCUUCUGCCGGAUACUUGAAGACAUCCUGGCAGAUGCCCCUGAAUCACAGAACAACUGCCGCCUUAUCGUCUACCAGGAACCUGCAGAGGGAAGCAGCUUCUCCCUGUCACAGGAGAUUCUCCGGCACUUGCGGCAGGAGGAAAAGGAGGUCACUAUGGGUGGCCCGGACACCUCGAUUGCACCCAAUUCCUCCACGCUGUCCCAGGAGCCCAAGCUCCUCAUCAGUGGCUUGGAACAGCCUCUCCCACUCCGCACGGAUUUAUUCUGAUGCUCAGGGCUCGCUGGCCUGAAAUCCCAGUGCUCCCCAAGACUCUGGAUCCCCGAGACUGUGGAUUGAAGGGCUUUCUUCAGCAGCUGAAUGCCCAGCAGAACCACUUCCUCCCACAGGGAGCCUCUCAGAGAAGGUCCCUGAACUUAACAUUUCAAGACGAAUCCUAUGACUUUGGGCAAGUUGUUUUACCUCUCUGAACCUCAGUGUCCUCAUCUGUGAAAUGGGAUUAUAAUCACUGUCCUACCUAUCUUGCAGGGUUGUUGUGAGGAUUAUGAUUGUAUGGAACAUUUUUGUAAACUCUAAAUGCCAGAUAAAUUUAA